AUGGCAUUUCCGCCUUCAACUUCAAGGAUUGGUUUUGGGCUGUUACAAUUAUGUUACUUGUGGAGUGGCAUAUAUCUCAUAGUCACUACCACCUCCACGAAUACCUUUGUUGGGAAUGAGACUGAUCGCCUUGCAUUGCUCGCCUUCAAAACAAACAUAACACAAGACCCUCAUGGGGUUAUGAACUCAUGGAACAAUUCGUACCAUUUCUGUUCCAACAAUCUAGUAGGAAAAUUCCCCGAAGAGCUUACUUCAUUAUCAAAGCCCAUAUACCUAGGAAUUCACUUGAACAAUUUGACAAGAGGUAUUCCUCCGUUCAUUGGGAAUCUUACUUCUCUCGUAAGAAUUACUGUGGCUUAUAAUCCUUUUGGUGGAAGUAUUCCAGAUACCUUGGGACAAAUGAAAAAACUAAGUUUCCUUGGAUUGGAUGUCACUCAACUCUCUGAAACUUUGAGAGGGAUUGCAAACUUUGAUCUUUCUCAUAACAACUUUCCUGGCAAAAUUCCAACAUUCUUAGAAAAAUUUGCCCUACAAAAACUCAAUUUUUCAUUCAAUGAUUUUGAGGGUGAGGUACCAAUGAAAGGAGUUUUCACAAAUGCGAGUGCAAUAUCAAUUAUUGGAAAUUACAGACUUUGUGGUGGUAUUUCUGAAUUACAACUACCCAACUGCAUCACCCAAAAAUCAAAGCAUAAGAUGUCUCUUUCACAUAUAUUACCAAUUACAGUAGCUUUUGUACUUAAAAGAACAACUCAUAAUACAAUUCCAGUAUUGAAAGAAUUGUUCUUGACAAUCUCUUAUGAAAAACUCUUCAAAGCAACAGAUGGUUUCUCUUCCGCGAAUCUGAUUGGUUUUGGUAGUUUUGGCUUUGUAUAUAAAGGGAUUCUUGAUCAAGAUGGGGAAUUUGUCGCUGCUGUCAAAGUACUUAACCUUCAAAACCAUGGAGCUGCAAAGAGUUUCAUGGCAGAGUGCGAAACUUUGAGAAAUAUUCGACACCGAAACCUGGUCAGGAUCAUAACUUCUUGUUCUAGUGUUGAUUUUCAAGGAAAUGAGUUUAAAGCUCUAGUUUAUGAGUUCAUGCCUAAUGGGAGUCUAGAGGGAUGGCUACAUUCAAGUCCAAAAACUAAUAAUGGGCAAAAUGAGCACCGGAGACUCAACCUUCUAGAAAGAAUAAACAUUGCCAUAGAUGUGGCUUAUGCACUUGAUUAUCUUCAUCACCAAUGCCAUACACCGAUCAUUCAUUGUGAUUUGAAGCCAAGUAAUAUCCUUAUUGAUCAUGACAUGGUUGCCCGUGUUGGAGAUUUUGGUCUAGCUAGAUUUUGCCCAGAGCUUACCAUUCCUAAUCAAAGUAGUUCAAUUGAAAUAAGGGGAUCCAUUGGAUAUGUACCUCCUGGUAACAAAUUCUCUUUACCCUUCUUUUACUUUGACAUAUGCCUAUUCUAGGAUGAAAAUUUAAAGCUUCAAACAAAAUAUAAGUUAACUAUCAUUGAAGGAAUGUUAAAUGGGUACUGAUCUAUCUACUUCUCAAGAUGGGGAAUUUUGCAUGGUUACCUUAAGACCUAGUCCAUAGCUAGUCAACUGUUAGUCAUAGAAUUAAUAAAU